UUUUUUUUUUUUUAAUUUUGUUGAAUAAUUCAUUAAAUAAGAUAAAUAAACACAAUUACUUAGCUAUUUUUUUUUAUAUGCUGUCAAACAGCAAAAUAACUUGAAAGACAUUAAAACCAUUUUUUACGGAUCCUCCAACAUCGCAAAAUAUAGGUCUUCUUUAAUUCUCUAAUUAUUUGUAAUGUAAAAAUACUUCCAUUUUACUAAACUAAAGCUGGCCAAAACGAAAACAUUCUUAGUAAUAUUCCCAUUUUUAGUGUCUGUAGUUCAUAUAGAUAAAUGAGUAAAUAAUUCCGCCUGGCAAUGCUUUCGUAUUUCAGUCAAUAUUUUCAUUUUUAUUCCGACCACAAGUAUUUUAUCGGAAAGUCUCUUAUUUCGACGUAUUAAGAAAUUGUAGGAAAAUACACAAACUUUACUAUUUGAUGGUGAUAUUUUUAAAUUGUGGAACAAUGAAAUAAGGUCAAAAAAGUGUAAAUAAUUAGAAAACUGGUUCAACCGCUAGCGUUAUAUCCAAUCUUAGAAGUUCUGUGAAGUAGGUUCUCUUAAACAUUUAAUUUUACAACAUUGAGCUAAUUGUUGUGUGUAUAAAAGAUCCUAUCAUUAUGAGUGCGGACGGUUCUUCCAUACGCUUCAGCGACCACACAUUGGAUAAAGCAACAAAAGCUAAAGUAACAUUGGAAAAUUAUUACAGCAACUUAGUAACUCAAUACGGAGAACGCAAACAACGCCUAGCUAAAUUAGAGGCUCAGCUAAAGGACGAAAGUCUAACGGAAUCUCAAAGACAGGAGAAAAGGUUACAACAUGCCCAAAAAGAAACAGAAUUUUUACGUCUGAAAAGACUGCGGUUAGGAGUUGAGGAUUUCGAAGCAUUGAAAGUUAUUGGAAGAGGAGCGUUUGGGGAAGUGCGACUAGUACAGAAGAAAGACACAGGGCAUGUAUAUGCUAUGAAAGUGCUGCGUAAAGCUGAUAUGCUUGAAAAGGAGCAAGUGGCUCAUGUCCGCGCCGAACGCGAUGUUCUUGUUGAAGCAGACCACCAAUGGGUAGUUAAAAUGUACUACAGUUUUCAGGAUCCCGUGAAUUUGUAUUUAAUUAUGGAGUUCUUACCGGGCGGAGAUAUGAUGACCCUCCUAAUGAAAAAAGAUACUCUUUCAGAAGAAUGCACGCAAUUCUACAUUAGUGAAACAGCAUUAGCAAUUGACUCAAUACAUAAAUUGGGAUUUAUUCAUAGAGAUAUAAAGCCGGAUAAUUUGCUUCUCGAUGCACGUGGACACUUAAAGCUUUCUGAUUUCGGACUGUGUACGGGAUUGAAAAAAUCACAUCGCACCGACUUUUACCGGGACCUUUCACAAGCUAAACCAUCCGAUUUUAUUGGAACAUGCGCCAGUCCAAUGGAUUCAAAAAGGAGAGCAGAAUCAUGGAAACGGAAUCGUAGAGCUUUGGCAUACAGCACUGUUGGUACACCUGACUACAUCGCUCCUGAAGUAUUCUUACAGACUGGUUACGGACCGGCUUGUGACUGGUGGUCGUUAGGAGUAAUAAUGUAUGAAAUGCUAAUGGGUUAUCCACCAUUUUGCUCUGAUAAUCCCCAAGAUACAUAUCGCAAAGUGAUGAACUGGCGGGAAACGUUAAUAUUUCCACCGGAAAUACCAAUAUCCGAGGAAGCAAAAGAUACCAUUGUCAAAUUCUGCUGCGAAGCUGACCGCCGUCUAGGCUCACAGCGUGGUCUUGAUGACUUAAAAUCUGUAUCGUUUUUCAGAGGAGUUGAUUGGGAACAUAUUAGAGAGCGUCCUGCAGCUAUACCUGUUGAUGUGCGCUCUAUCGACGAUACGUCCAAUUUCGACGAAUUCCCUGAUGUUUCACUCGAAAUACCAUCUGCCCCUAUACCUCAAGGCAGCGAAAUAGCCAAGGAUUGGGUGUUCAUUAACUACACAUUUAAGCGCUUUGAAGUACGAAAUUUGGAAUGAAGUUGCUAUUUGAGCACUGCUACGUAGAUAUAAUUUUUUAAAUUUGAUUCAAUGAUUUAAUAUCGAACUUUAAUAUUUGAAAAUUGUA